AUGGGAGCUUGGAGAGCCCCACGCGGGCGCUCUUAGAGUCUCGACAGUGGCGCUCUCAGUUCGGCUUGCGAAGGGGCCUCCGGGCAGUCAGGUUGUAGAAACGGAGCGAGACGCCCCGGUGUUGGGGACAGGGGUGCAGUUGAGCUCGCUCCAGCCGAGCGGCCUCGCGAGGUAGCGCGCUAGCAGCUCUCCGGUGCCAGCCGCGGCCAGUCAUGGGGUAAAGGGAGGGAGCAGAGCGGACGGAACAAUAAAAGCGGCUGCCGGCUCCUCCCGCCGCCGACUGACUGCUUGGCCGAGCUCGGGAAGGAAACAGAGCAGCUAUGCUGGGCGCUCGGAGGCGCUGACCAAGCGGGCGAGCGGUUGUGGCCGGGGAGCCAAAGUGGAGCGAGACGGCAGGAGGGGAGGUGCGCGGUGGAUGCUUUGCGCGGUUGGGGGGCGGCGGCAUAGGGAAGAGACGAGGGCGGCAGCAGUGGCGGAGGAGAGAUGAUCGCGGAGUUGGUGAGCGGCGCCCUGGGGCUCGUCCUGUAUCUUAAUACUCUCGGCGCGGAUUUCUGCUACGAUGACAGCCGAGCUAUCAAGACAAACCAGGAUCUUCUUCCAGAAACACCAUGGACUCAAAUAUUCUACAAUGACUUUUGGGGCACUCUUCUUACCCACAGUGGGAGCCAUAAAUCAUAUCGACCUCUUUGUACGCUUUCUUUUCGCCUCAACCAUGCUAUCGGAGCAAUGGAUCCUUGGAGUUAUCAUCUUGUAAAUGUCCUGUUACAUGCUGCGGUCACUGGUCUUUUUACAAGUUUUUCCCGAGUACUGUUUGGUGAUGGAUAUUGGACCUUAUUUGCUGGCCUGCUGUUUGCUUCUCAUCCCAUCCAUACUGAAGCAGUGGCAGGCAUAGUGGGAAGGGCUGAUAUUGGAGCUUGCCUUUUCUUCUUGCUUGCCCUAAUGAGUUACAUUAAACACUGCUGUGCAAGAAGUUAUUCAGAAAGAACGUGGGGCUGGCUCUUAAGUACAGGUGUGUGUGCUACCUGCAGCAUGCUGUGGAAGGAGCAAGGAGUCACAGUGCUAGCCGUUUCAGCAGUUUAUGAUGUCUUUGUGUUUCACAGGUUAAAAAUGUACCAGAUCAUUCCUGCUAUCUACAAGAGGAAGAAUUUACCGCUUCUUUUGAGCAUUGGUUUACUGAUCUUCUGGGGAACUUUGCUGCUAGGUUUUCGCUUCUACUGGAUGGGGAAUAAACCUCCCAGCUUUUCCAACUCCGACAACCCAGCAGCUGAUUCAGACACUUUUCUAACACGAACUCUGACUUUUUUUUACCUACCAACCAAAAACCUUUGGCUAUUGCUGUGCCCGGACACUCUUAGUUUUGAUUGGUCCAUGGAUGCUGUGCCUCUUCUCAAAACAGUCAGUGACUGGAGGAAUCUACACACAGUGGCCUUUUAUGCUGGACUUCUCCUUCUUGCUUACUCUGGUUUGAAAAGCUCCAGCAAAGAGAGGGAAAGCAAUGCGAAAAAUAUAACAAAUGGCAAGCCGAAUACCAAUGGUCAUAACUUUGUAUCAGAAAUGGAAUGCAAAAGCUUGGACAUGAAGUCCAGUUUUUUUUCUAAAGAAGAAAAUGGUAUUAAACACUUGCCACAAAGACCGCAACUUCCUUCAACUGAGAAUAUUGUAGUUCUAUCUCUCUCCUUGUUAAUUAUACCCUUUAUUCCAGCCACAAACCUGUUUUUUUAUGUUGGCUUUGUAAUAGCAGAGCGUGUGUUAUAUAUACCUAGUAUGGGCUUCUGCCUGCUGAUUACAGUGGGCACCAGGGCCCUUUAUAUAAAAACCCAAAAGCGCUUUCUGAAGAACUUGAUUUUUUUUGCCACUGCUGCAUUACUUUUUUUGUAUGGACUCAAGACUUUUGUCAGGAAUGGAGACUGGCAGAAUGAAGAGAUGCUGUAUAAAUCAGGGAUAAAAGUAAAUCCAGCUAAAGCAUGGGGUAACCUUGGAAAUGUUCUAAAGAGCCAGAGCAAGAUUUCUGAAGCUGAAAAUGCCUAUAGAAAUGCCUUGUACUACCGCAGCAACAUGGCUGAUAUGCUUUAUAAUUUGGGGUUGCUGCUGCAGGAAAGCAGCAGAUUCUCAGAAGCUCUACAUUACUAUAAAUUGGCCAUUGGAAGCAGACCUACUUUAGCUUCUGCCUAUUUAAAUACUGGUAUCAUCUUGAUGAACCAAGGAAAGGCAGAAGAUGCCAGGAGGACAUUUUUAAAGUGUUCAGAAAUCCCUGAUGAAAAUUUAAAAGAUCCCCAUGCUCACAAGAGCUCUGUCACCAGCUGCCUUUACAAUCUGGGAAAACUCUACCAUGAACAGGGACAGUAUGAGGAUGCCCUCACAGUUUACAAAGAAGCAAUACAGAAGAUGCCAAGGCAGUUUGCACCACAGAGCUUGUACAACAUGAUGGGAGAAGCUUACAUGAGACUCAGCAGAUUACCUGAAGCAGAGCACUGGUAUGUGGAAUCCCUGCACUCCAAAACAGACCAUAUUCCAGCUCAUCUUACAUAUGGGAAACUUCUAGCUUUAACGGGUCGUAAGAAUGAGGCUGAGAAGUAUUUCGUGAAGGCAAUUCAACUGGAUCCAACCAAGGGAAAUUGUUACAUGCAUUAUGGUCAGUUUCUGCUGGAAGAAUCACGCUUGAUAGAAGCAGCAGAGAUGGCAAAGAAAGCAGCUGAGCUGGAUAACACAGAGUUUGAUGUGGUUUUCAAUGCAGCCCAUAUGCUCAGACAAGCUAGCCUCAAUGAAGCAGCUGAGAAGUACUAUAAAAUGGCAGCUGAACUGAGACCUAACUAUCCAGCUGCACUAAUGAAUCUGGGAGCAAUUCUGCAUCUUAAUGGCAAACUCCUAGAGGCUGAAGCAAACUAUCUCCAUGCCCUUCAGCUUAAACCAGAUGAUGUCAUCACACAGUCAAAUCUACGCAAACUAUGGAAUAUUAUGGAAAAACAAGGCUUAAGGACAUCCAAGACAUGACAUAGGAGGAAAAGUCUUUAGACUCUUUCUGUUUUUGUAAAGGGGAGUGAAAAAGUCAAAUUCAGAAGACCUUCCAGGAUGCUCUUUGGUUUGAUACUCACAUUGGACUGGACUGCAGUUGUUCAAGGAUGUAAUUGCUGCUAGAAGAACCUACAGGGCUUCUUUUUGGUGUGACAUUUUGACAAUAAGAGGGAGUUGGAAACCCUCUUAGGAGCUUCAUGAAAGACUUAACAGUUACCAUCACAAGUAUAAAAGUGAAAUAGAUUUAAAACUGGAACACUUGAAAGGAGCCCUUUCAGCUUGUUCACCAAGUCAUCCCAAUCAUUCUCAUGUUGCUCAUUUCUAAGUGGUUUCUGGUAGAGGAUCAUGCUGCCUUAUAGUAUCCAUCUGGUCAGCAUGGGAAUACAGAAAAGGAUGAAGACUGAUUUAGGUCAUUUACUGGGGCUGUCCUUCACUGAAGU